AUGCCUGUUCCAGGAAUAUUAAAGGGUGUCCGUUUACAGGAGAAAUAUGUCAAUAGGGUUCCUGGUCGGUCUCUUCUAAAAAACAAUCUUCUCCUGCAACAACACUUGUCGACGCACGCUACAUUAAAUUCGCUCCCGCAUACUCGUCCCAAGCCUUAUACCGCACCCGUUUGGUAUACUCUUCCACUGUUAAUCAUCCCCAGUAUCGCUAGCAAGAGUAAAGACGGGACAUUUACGGUCGAACCUCUGCACCCCAAGUUCGCCAAAGUGUUCUUACUAAACCGUGUCGACUACCUCCGUCCUCCCAAGAACUAUAUUGUAUCACAAGCGUUUCUCUUGUGCUCCUGUCCGCCUUGCGAACGCAGCAAGCGUCAACAAGAUAGUAUUUGUUCCCUGUCUUUCUGCUUUGUGAAGGAACAAGGCCCUUUCCUCGAUCCAAAAGACCUCUUUUCAAUGUUCACAGACUCUGGCCCCAGGCCCGAUCCACCCCUGCCCUUUUUACUUCGUUUCUAA